GUGUCACCUGGGUGUCACCCCGCCACCUUCCCGUGACGUCUCCCCGUCGUGCAAAGGCUCUUGCAGCUUCGGUUGCUGCUUCCUGCCCUUUGCAGGCAGCAGAGGCGCGAGCGCAGGCAAGGCAGCACCGCUGCCCGCUCGCCCAGCCCGCCCGGCCCGUCGCCUCCGGCCAUGGAUCCCUGGGCCACUGCGUGGCCGGGCAGAGGGGACCCCAUGGAUGAGGACCGUCCCCUCUUCAGCACCUUCAAACCCAUCAGUGAAGAGAAGCACCAAGCAGGACCCGAGGCGACCCCGGUCCAGCACCGGGGAGCAGAGCAGCCCCCGGGACACCACGACACAGACGGCCGGGUCCUGCCAGGCUCCUGGGCAUCCCCAUCGGGCUGGUCCCUGUCGGAGGGGGACCCGCGGCCGGAGCUGGUGGCCCUGCGCGCCCGGACGAGGCUGUGGUUCGAGCAGACGCAAGCCAGCAGGCUGCUGGCCAAGGGCAAGCUCCCAACCUGGUUCUACGGCUUCAUCAGCCGGAGGGAGACGGAGCAACUGCUGCAGGAUCAGCCCCUGGGCUGCUUCCUGGUCCGCUUCAGCGAGAGCACCGUCGGCUUCGUCCUCUCCUACAGGGGCAUGGAUCGCUGCCGGCACUUCGUCCUGGACCAGCUGCCAGACGGGCGGUACGUGAUCCUGGGGGAGCAGAGCGCCCACGCCGAGCUGGCCGACCUGCUGCGCCACUACACCACCGCCCCCAUCACGCCGUACCUCGAGUUCCUGACGGUGCCGCACGGAGGGGCAGACGAGCCCCACAGAGGGCUGCGGACCCCAGCCAGCAGCGACGCUGCCCGUUCCCCAUCGAGCAAAGCACCAGCAAACCUGCUGGUGUACAGCACCGUGUGCAAGGGGCCCCCGGGAGCCAGGCAGGGAGCCGCGGCCCCCCCGGGGCUGGCACAGCCCAGCACCAAGGGAGGCUCAUCCAGGGAGGCUCCCACCGCCCGCCCGCCGCUCCCGGCCAAGGCCAGCUCCGUGGCCGCGGCUGAGGGGCUGCACAGCCCCACCGGCAGCGGAGCAGUUCCCGAAGGUCCCUACUCUCAGGUGCACAAAGAAGGCGUCCCCCCCGCGCCGUCCACGCCGGCCGACGCCAAGUACCAGCAGCUCAUGUGCUUCCACACCUACGCUGAGCCCCACGAGGGCACGGCCCCCGACCCCUCUGCCGCCUACGAGCUGGAAGAGCCCAUCCCCUUCUACGCCGUGGGCCGGGGCUCGAGCCCCGGCGCCCUCCCUAAGGAGAACAUCUACUCCGAGGUGGAGCUGGCCAGGCAGGACCCGCCCGCUCUGCUCCCCAGGGGGGCCCAAGGCAACUCCUCCACGCUGCCCCCCAAAUCCCGCGCUCACCGCUGGCUCGUCCGCAGCGUGUCCAGCCAGGCCUCCAAGAGGCGGCAGCUCCCGGCAGCUCCCACCGCGGGCAGGAAGGAGCGAGGAGCCCCCAGCCCGGCCCCGGAGAUUCGCCAGGGCACAGCGACGAACCCUCCGCUGGAGUUCGAAGAGCCCGUGUACAGCCGGAGGGCGAGCGCCGCGAAGCGAGCCGCAGGGCAGGAGGGCCCCGAGAACAUUUACGAGCAGCUUUCCAGAGACCGUCCCUGAGCCACUCGCACGGGGAGGUCUAAGACAAGACCCAGCUCCCGGCUCACGACCCCCAGGCAGGAGGAAGAUCUUGGCUUCCUUCACCACCCAGGAAAGCCCUCGGACCCAGGAGGAGAGGUCCGAGGCUGCACUUGGCCUCUCCGCAGGCAACCAGCGCCCCGGCUCUACCAGUCCACAUUCCCAUGCCCUUCCCGACACGGCGGCCUGUUUCCCAAGCCCUGCGAGACAGUUAAGUGAACACAACAGAUUUAAUUUAUCUUUGAACGCAUUGAGAAAGAGAUUUCUAUUAAUAGAAUGAGGGCGGAAAAGGCUAUUACAGUAAAACCAGAGCCGGGUUUCGGGCGCAGCUGCUGCAUCCCAAGUCGGAUAUUAAAUUGGCCGCAUGCCGGAGCGCUGCCGCAGCCAAACAUCACGAGCCCGGCGCUGACAUCUCCAAGCCCUGCCUUUUUCCUCAGCCGCAAAACAUGGGAUAGCAACCAAAAUUCGGCCGCUGGGUGGGUGACACCAACCUGGUGGCGCCCAGCGCCGCGCAAAACCCCACCCUCACAUUGUUUUGUCUGAAACGACACGGAGGCGACGCCGUUCUCGCAGCAGACGGAGCGGGAAGGGGACAAGGACAAGCUCAGAUGCGUCCGAGCUUCAAGUCAAGGAGGGAAAAGGAGGGCUGCAGGGUUUUCUUUUCCCUCUCAUCACAAAACAAAUCACUCUUGCUUUUCACAAGCUUACGUUGGGCUGCUCUUAAACGGCUAAAAGCAAAGCGCGGGUCAGCCACGAUUCCCCUCCUCGUAAUUCCCCUCUAGCGCUAAAAAUAAGCCAUUACACACUGAAACGGAAAAAGGGAAUCCGUGAGCUCCCGCCUCUCGGCUCGCUCCAAGACUCCGCGUUCCCGCCAAGGCCGCUGAGGGAGAGCUCGGGAGCACAGGGACUUCCCAGUGCCGGAGCCGCCUGCCCCGCAGCGGCCGCUCUGCCCCCGGCGCCGCGGCGAAGCCCUCGAGCGCCGCCGGGAGCGGCCUCGCCGCGCUCCCAGGGCCAAGGCCAGGCUUUGCCAAGGGACGAAUCCGCGGCGGCGAGCGCAACCCGCUGCGAAGCCCCUCGGCCAAGCGUUUCGUCACCGGCUGCGCGACGGCAUCCGCUCCGCAGAUAAAAACCGCCCUGCCGAUAAAGCGAGGCAGCCGCCCCCGAAACGCGGGCUGCCACGGAGGCGCGAAGGAAAAAACCAGCGCCUCCAGCAAGGAGCUGAGCACCUCGCGGUGGAAACAGGUGUGGUUCGGUUCAUUUAAAAGUUUAUUCCUUUUAUCAAAUCUCUUUUCAGAGGAUUUCACUGUACAUAUAAGAUAUGAAUAAAUUACUCAACAGUAACUUUAUUCUGGUCAUUCAAAUACUCAAAACGGGCUCCGCGAAGUACUAAAACAUCCAGGGAACUAAACUAGAAAUCGGAUUAUUUUAAAAUAUUCUAAGAAAAGACUUCAUUUGUGGGGGUUGGUUUGCUUGUUUUUAACAGGUAACACGGGAGAAAAACCACCUCUUGGGGGUUUUUCUAAAUGGAGUAACAAAUAUUAGCCGUUUCAGCCGCUUUUACAACAGA